AUGGGCGACCAUCAGCCGUACGUGACCAUCCGGUCGCGACGACCCGCCGAUGGGAACAGCGUGAGCAGCGCAGACUCGACUGUAGGUGCCAGGGUCUCGACACACCAGUCGAGAAGAGUACAAGUAAACUCACAAGCUGGUCAUGUCCAGUACGGGUCCAGCUCCGGCGAUGUGCCGCGAACCGCCACCCACGAUAUCAGCCGCGUGAGCUAUCAUGUGAAGCAUCUCAACAGCUUCGCGCAGACUCUGGAAGAUUCCGCAAACCGGGCAUUUCCCAAUCGCGGGAGAUCUUCACAGCGAUAUAAGAAGGUCCAGGCCUUGCUGCUCCAUUGGGGUUGCGACGACCUCUUUGUGCUGCCCGAGCUAGAGGACCUGGAGCGUUGUCUUCGCGAGGAUUAUGCCUUUGACACGGAAAUCUUCCCUAUUCCGUCAGAGAACUCACACUUGGAGCUCAUGAUGCAAGUGGGUAGGUUAAUCAAGGACCAUGAGGCCCAAGACACUCUCUUUCUAGUCUACUACGGCGGACAUGCCAGGAUAGACGAGUCCAGGCAGAGCACUUGGUGCGCAACACGGCAUCCCGACUCACCUUGGCUCCAGUGGUCUGCGAUCCAGACACUGCUGGAACGUUCGGCGUCCGACGUUCUCAUCCUCCUCGACUGCUGCGCCGGCGCCGCAAGCGCAACGUUCCCCAACGGCAACAGCAUCACAGAGACCAUCUCCGCCUCAAGCUGGGAUGCCAUCGCCCCAGAUCCGGGUCGCUAUUCGUUCACCAACGCCCUGAUCGAAGUGAUGCAGGAAUGGCGCCUCCGCGCCUUUUCCGCGGCGAUGCUGCACGCCGAAGUCCUUGCCCGCUUGAAGCACCCACGUCCCGUCACCAUCAACGGCAAGCUCUUCGAGGCCAGGUCAACUCCUGUUCAUUUCAUGAUGACGUCUAACCACAAGGCGCCGAGCAUCGAGUUGUCCCGAGUCCUACCUGCUGAGAAACGGCCGCCCUCGCCUCCGCAGGAAAACCCGGUGUCCGCAGACGGGAGUGAAGCGCCCGAGGGGGUGACCGGCGGGCGAGGGCCCGGUGCCUCCAUAUCUAGCGAGCCGAACGAAGAUACGCCUCACGUCAUGAUCUCGCUUGCGCUAGAGGAUGAUCAGCAGCUGGAUCUUAACGCAUGGGAACAGUGGCUAUCGAAUUUCCCAGCCUUGGCCAAAUAUGUCAAGGUUCAGGGCGUGUUCAAAAGUCACUCUACACUUCUCCUGGUUUCCAUGCCGGUGAUGGUAUGGGACCUCCUCCCUGAGGAUCAUGCCACCUCUUUUGUAGCCUUCAUCAGGUCGAACAACCUUAUGGCCCACAAGACACAGAAAGAAGCGACCAAAAUUGAACUUUCAACAAUCAGAGGCUCCCGUGCCGUACCCGACAGCACACAGCCCGACUCUGUAUCGAUGAAUACGUUCUUUUCCGACACCACGUACACCUAUUCCCCAACGGAGACGGGUAGUAUCAUUGGCCAGCAAGUAGCGGGCCCACAAUCGUCCUCUCUAGGAGACAACCCAGUCUCAAGGAGGCAUACAAAUGGACAGGUCACCGUUCCGCAGUCACCUCUAGCGUCGCCAUCCUCAUCGCCGUUUGGCGACAGCUCCGAGUCGAUGCACUCUGCGAAUUCUCUAGUUUCGCUGGAAACACUCCAGCGCCAAAUUGCUUCAUCCUCUCAAGCCCCAUCUGAGGCGUCGAUCUCAAGGACGAUGAUACCCAUUCAGCAGAGGAGUGCCCGUAGGACUAUCUUCCAUGACAUACCCGAGCCACCCAGAUUCUCGCAGCAUGUCGAGACACUACUCCAACAGUACUACCGGCAGGAGUCUCUUCCCAACGACGACCAGAAGAACUUUGUUGCCUCGAAUUUGGGUAUAGAAAUACGGCAUGUUGACGCCUGGUUUCAUCAUCGGCGACAAAGGGACAUUGUCUCACAGCAAUUCCAGAAGCUCAGGGUGAACGACCCAGCACCAGGAAUAGCACGAGGGGUCCAGAUGUUACUGCCGCAUCAUCUAAACAGAAUCAUUGAGGUCCUGCCUCCCAACAGGACACUAUUGAUUGACCUCAGAGCGCCAAGUGACUACGAAAAAUCUCACAUAAGAGGCGCCAUCAAUUUCCGUGCCCCCCUGAGCUUCGUCCAAGAAACCUCAUUUGACAUGAUCGAGCGCGCCUUCUCGGAUCACGAAAGCAGGCAAAAGUUUGGUGAAUGGCAGUCGACAGCAUGCAUGGUGUUCUAUGCACGGGCUGCGGACUUCCCAUGGGAAUGCCCAGUGGCCGACGUGCUAUACAGCAAAUUCAAGAGCUGGGGCUGGACCGGCCGUUGCUUCGUCCUGAAGGGCCACUACAAGGAGUUCAGUGUGUCCUACAGUGAAUCCAUCGCUGGGUCCAAGGUAGCAGACGAGGCUAGGACACACGCUGAAACCCUCCUACGAGACAGCAACCAGACAUGGACGGCUUCGGAGGAUGGUGACGCGGCGAGAGGAGCCCAGUACCAAGAGCUGUUGAAUCAGAUCGACAGCGAGAGUAGAGUUAACUCGUCAUCGAGCCCCAAACCGUCGACCAGCUCGGACCGCGGGGUAGCCAUGAAUCAGCAUGAACGAGACCUUGAAGCCGAAUUCCGGUGUCGCGUCCCAGACCUUUACCGCAAAGCCAUGGAAGUCCAGGGCGGCAGCAGCAGCAGCCGUAGGGCCGCUCCCGGUAUGUCACACGUCGCCCCUGUCGCCGGAGGCGAGACAGCAACAGCGGCACCAGAAGAAGCAACGUCAGGACAAACGAAAGCAGCGAGAUUGGACGGCUCACCGACGGGAAACUUUGCUGGACGUGGGGAUGGCGGAGACAGAGGCGGAGGUGGCGACAAGGACAGCACCAUAACCUUUGGUCUUGACACAAAGGCGCCGCUUGUUGACUAUCUCGACAGAGGCCUCUCUCACAUCCGACAAGGGAGACCAUCCGACGCAUCUGUUGCUGCUUCUACCACCGCCUCCCCUGACAAGACAAACACAAACACCACCACCACCACCAACACUCCCACAGCAGGAUUGUCGAAACUUGCCGCCGAGUGCUGCCACGCCGCCUACUUCGACUCGAGCGCGGCCGUCUCGACGCCUUCGGACGACUCGUAUGUCAAGAUCAGCAGGAGGGAUGCGCAGCAGGCGGGCGAUCACCCUUCCAUGCCCUCCUCCCCGUCAUCCUCCCCCCCGGUCCCGGGCCAGGGCCAUCACCACCGCCAGGGUCACCACGGCGGACUCGGAGAAAAAGACGGGACGACGGACGUUGUCACUGUCGGUGGUGGUCCGUCCGGGGAUGAAACGCCCAAAAGGGGCCGGAGCGGUUUCCUCAGCAAGGUUCUGCGACGAGCAUAA